GUCGAUCGCCCUCCUCCCCAGGCAAAGCUGAUGCGAGACAGUGGUGACCACGCACCGACGAGCAACGAGUGAGACCUCUGCUUCAACGACCAGCCGCGAGCCAAGCGACGACCGACACAGGAUGGCGGCGCAUCACCUCCUCCUGCUGCUCGCCGCGCUGCUCCCGGCGGCGGCCACGGCGGACCCCGACGCGGUGCAGGACUACUGCGUGCCGGACGCCGGCGGGCGCGGGCGGCCCCUGGAGCUGGCGCUGCUGCCGUCCUACCCGUGCCGGAGCCCCGCCAACCUGACGGCGGCCGACUUCGCCUUCGCCGGCGUGCGCACCGCGGGCAACUUCUCCGCGGACACGGGCUUCGCGGGGGUGUCCGUCACGCCGUCGCAGUUCCCGGCGCUGCACACCCUGGGCGUCUCCUUCGCCCGCGCCGACCUCUCCGCGGCGGGCGGGGUGAACCCGCCGCACUACCACCCGCGCGCCACCGAGACGGCGCUCGUCCUGGCGGGCCGCGUCUACGCGGGCUUCGUCGACUCCGGCGGCCGCAUCUUCGCCAAGGUGCUCGAGAAGGGGGAGGUCAUGGUGUUCCCCAGGGCCAUGGUGCACUUCCAGAUGAACGUCGGCGACGAGCCGGCCACGGUGUACGGCACCUUCAACAGCGAGAACCCCGGCAUCGUGCGCAUCCCGGCCACCGUGUUCGGGUCCGGGAUCAACGGCGGCGUCCUCGAGAGGGCGUUCGGGCUCUCCCCGGCGGAGCUCCGGCGGCUCGAGAAGAGGUUCGGCCCGCCCAAGACCAAGCUGUCCGAGAUGGACGAUUAGUUAGUUAAUCAGCUGGUGAAGUGGUGAUCAGAUCAGCCACUGUGGCGGUGCAUGGUUAAUGGUUAAUUACUAGUUUACGGUAGACUUUGUGAGUUGGAGUACAUUUCUUUUGAAUUGUCAAUGUAGUACUGUUAGGGGCGGAUCCAGGCCCCGUGCUGCCGCACAGGUCGAGCAUAGUUUACCUCAAGUGAUUUUAUGCAUGUUAUAUACCUAAACUACUAGAAUUUGAUUUAAA